AAGAUUGCUGGGACAGCCAGGAGGCACACGCACUCUCCACGUGUAGCAAUGCCAGUAUCUUCCAGAGGAUAAAUGCCAUACUGGAUAAUUCUCUGGAUUUCAGUGGAGUCUGCACUACGCCCAUCAGUCGAGAAGUUCAUGAUCAUCUGCCAGACUUCCCGGACUCGGAAGAAACAGUCGUGAGCAGGAUGCUUUUCCCCACCUCUGCGCAAGAUUCUCCCCGGGGCCUCCCAGAUGCAAAUGACCUGUGCCUUGGCCUGCAGUCGCUCAGUCUCGCGGGCUGGGACCGACCCUGGAGCACCCAGGACUCCGAUUCCUCAGCCCAGAGCAGCGCGCAGUCGGUGCUGAGCAUGCUCCACAACCCACUGGGCAAUGUCCUGGGGAAGUCCCCCUUGGGCUUUCUGCCGCUGGACCCCCUGGGAGCUGAUGUGGUGGACAAGUUCCCAGCACCCUCGGUCAGAAGCUCCCGCCUGGACACGCGGCCCAUCCUGGACUCCCGUUCCAGUAGCCCCUCCGACUCAGACACCAGUGGCUUCAGCUCGGGAUCGGACCACCUCUCCGACUUGAUCUCAAGCCUCCGCAUCUCCCCCCCGCUGCCCUUCCUGUCUCUGACAGGGGGUGGCCCCAGGGAGUCUUUAAAGAUGGGGGUUGGGUCCCGGAUGGACCAAGAGCAAGCCGCUCUCGCCGCAGUCACUCCUUCCCCGACCAGCGCGUCCAAGAGAUGGCCGGGGGCUUCCUUGUGGCCGUCCUGGGACCUCCUGGAAGCCCCUAAAGACCCCUUCAGCAUUGAGAGAGAGGCCAGGCUGCACCGGCAGGCUGCAGCCGUGAACGAAGCCACCUGUACCUGGAGUGGUCAACUUCCUCCCCGGAACUACAAGAACCCCAUCUACUCUUGCAAAGUGUUCCUAGGAGGUGUUCCUUGGGAUAUCACGGAGGCUGGAUUGAUUAACACCUUCCGUGUUUUUGGCGCUCUGAGUGUGGAGUGGCCCGGUAAGGACGGAAAGCACCCCCGGUGUCCUCCCAAAGGUAAUAUGCCUAAAGGGUACGUGUACCUGGUCUUCGAGCAGGAGAAGUCCGUCCGGGCUUUGCUGCAGGCUUGCUCCCACGACCCGCUGAGCCCGGACGGCCUGAGCGAGUACUACUUCAAGAUGGCCAGCCGCAGGAUGCGCUGCAAGGAGGUACAAGUGAUCCCCUGGGUCUUGGCUGACAGCAACUUUGUCCGGAGCCCGUCUCAGAGACUCGACCCCAGCAGGACGGUGUUUGUGGGCGCUCUGCACGGGAUGCUCAACGCCGAGGCCCUGGCAGCCAUCCUCAACGACCUAUUUGGCGGAGUGGUUUACGCCGGCAUUGACACAGAUAAGCACAAGUAUCCCAUUGGGUCUGGUCGUGUGACUUUCAAUAACCAGCGUAGUUACUUGAAAGCCGUGAGUGCCGCUUUCGUGGAGAUAAAAACCACCAAGUUCACCAAGAAGGUUCAGAUCGACCCCUACCUGGAAGACUCUCUGUGUCAUAUCUGCAGCUCUCAGCCUGGCCCUUUCUUCUGUCGAGAUCAGGUGUGCUUCAAGUACUUCUGCCGGAGCUGCUGGCACUGGCGGCACAGCACGGAGGGCCUGCGCCACCACAGCCCCCUGAUGCGGAACCAGAAGAGCCGAGAUUCCAGCUAGAGGAGCCGGCCUCGCCCGGUGGCCUGUGGUGCCCGAGUGCCCGCGGCUGGCAGGUCAGGCGGCAGCCUGCACCACCCGGCCACCGGCGACCAGGGAGCUGGCUUCCCGGGGACAAGGGAAGACCGUAGUCACCUUUGCACUUGCUGAGUCUGUCUUUGUUUCUGCACUAAUUAAUGCACAAUGAGUUUUGUCAGGUUUGUUUUCAGGGGCUGAGGCAGGGCAAGGACCCUCUGGCUCGCCCUCCAAGCGACUCUGUAGUUUUCCCAGAUUUUUAGUUCCUCAUUUUGCCGAUGAAAAGCAAA